GAGGGUGUAUUGGAUUUCAUUUUUUUUAAUCAGUUAUGGGCAAUGAGUAGCAAGACUUUGUCCUCAUCUCCUUUUUCUCUGCUAACAAAAACUGUAACUGGAAACAAGCUGAGAUAGGUGAUCUGAGCACUUUCUGGCACAGUCCUCUAGAAAGAAGCCCAUCUAGGACUAGGAGAUUGCCAUACGGAGGCUAGCAUGAGAAUUGCACUGGUAAGCCGAAGGUGACAAACAUCUAUAAGCCAGAGGCCCACUACAGGCUUUUGGUCUCACAUCUACAUUGUUGAGGGAGGAUUUUCAGAAGUAUCCCACAAUUUGGAAGAAUCUUCUUCAUCUCGCUUCUAAAACCAUGGAAGCUGAGACAAUUCAUGGAUAAAGGGAUGCACCUCCUCAGAAGCUAGAAGUGGUGGUCACCACUAACCAGAGAGAACUUCAACACUUCCAUACUUGUCUAUGUACUUGAGAACGACUGCACCAACUUUGUUGCGAUCCUCAUCGGGGCCACCGAGGCUUCCCUAGCUCGUGAAUGUAUAAGGUUCUUCAUGUCUCCUAACUUCGCCCUCCUUCUCAUCGACCAGCACUUAGAUCAGGUUCUGAGGUUACAUACCAAGACCAGGGCUCUAAUAGGCUCAAGAAUUGGUCAAGGGAAAAGCACUCACCCAUCACAUGGAAAAUCACUUACCAGGUUAUUUAGAAGAAGACAUUUCAAGGAAGGUGAUGGUGCCACAAAGCAUCAUACCUCAAUAAAGGUUCGCAUCCUUGAGGUAUGGUUCUGGAGCAUUGGUUAGCAAAAGCUCUUGAGCUCCCUUGCUGGAGAGCUGGCUCGGUCGCUACAGGCCAAAUCGCUAUUGACUAUGGUGAAAGCAAUUUGUCCUCAGUAGAACCAUACUUCCCAAAUAGAUGAUCUGGGGCUAUUCAGUGGGAUUUCCCUUGCUCCACCUCAGCCAACGCAAAGACACCCUCAAACGAGAUGCCAGUCCUUCAUGAGGAGUAUCCACUGGACCUAUGGUGGAAAUUCUGGCUGGCUGAGAUUGAAGAAUUCAGAUUAGGAGCAAGUGGUUUGAAGAGCAGGAGAUGGUUGACACCUGGGUUAUGUCUAUGGUGGUUGAAUUGCAGUAGCAGGGAGUUUCAACUAGGUGUCAGCCAAUUGGGAAACUCUCUACGUUUCUAACUUCCAUCCGUUUGAACCCCUUAGACUCAACAGAGUUAGAAGAAUCCAUUUGCACAAAUCUUCAUCUCUGAAAGGAAAUUCUGGCCAAGACCUCCUAUAUUGGCGACUUAACUGGACUAAUACUGCCCUGCAUGCUAUGAACCAUAAGAUAGGCUACGACCAAGGAGAGCGAGUAGAGAAGCUUGUUCACUUGGUAGAGAAAAUAUGAGGAACCUACACCACGGUACAGACAGACCCACAAUCUGUAUGUGAAAGGAAUUAGCCACCACAAACUCCUGUCUUUCUACAGGCGAAGGUGGUCGCUUGACAGCUGAAGUUGCGAGGAAGAGGCCAGGGAGGCCUCGUGCAGCUAAUUCAGGGGAGAUAAAGUCUGAAAUACCAGUAGAUGUACGAAGUUGCUGCUUUAUAUAAAAAAGUAAGAAAGGGUAAGCUUCGGGAGCAGCUAAAAAUGAUAGAAAGAUAAAAGAUAGACCUAUUUCGAAUAUGAACAGCUCCUACCUUUGACAACCAUAGAGGGAGGUUAGGUAGUCAAACCUAAAAGACCGCUCCCUCACCCGAGCAGGAAGAUCUCUUAUGGUCUCUUCAAGCUCGUGUUUCACUACCGAUAGCAUGUUACAUGUGGUGCACAAAAAAGUCCCGAGUUCUUAACAACCGUCUUGUGCGUGCGUCUUGCCUUGUCUGUCCUUGCUUUAAUCAAACCUAUUCUUGUUCCUCUCUGUACCGGGCCUUGCUUGAGUAAGAAAUAGAUACGCCUGUUCCUGGCCUUGCUUGAGUAAGAAAUAGAUAUGCUUGUUCCUGUCCGUCCUUGCCUUGCCUUGUCCGUCUUGCCUUCCUUGCUUUAGGUAAGUCAGUCCAGUCCAGGAAUCUUCCGUCAAACGGUCUAGUUUCGUUAAUAGGUUGGUUGAUAUCUCUGUUAUUGAUAGCAAAGGUCCACGCCUAAUAUGAAAGAGACACGCCUAAACAAAGAGGUAAGGUUCCUUCGGGUUGAGAAAGGAAUCGAUCUCUCUUUCGUUAAGGGAAGGAGAAAUGCGCAUCUUUUUCUAUAGUACAAAGCACUCGUAGCACUUGGCGGGCUCAAUUGUUGGAUCACUAAGAUUCAUCCCCUGGAGGCAAAUAUGCAUGUAUGUUAAUGUUAUGAUGCAUUCUUCGCACUGGGCUUUUCUGUCUCUGCCUUAUUCCCCUCAAAGCAACAUCUGAGCAAGUAGCAGACCCAGUUGAUCGAGUGGUUGAAGCAGUCAAUUAUGCGGAUAUAGAUACAUAUGCAGAUUCAUACCUGGGCCCAAAUGAAGCAUCCGAGCACAGCACCUCAAUGCAGAGUGAGGUAUUUGCGGGGCCACCAUUUUUCACAUCAGGGCCGGUCAGCGCAAUGCAUGAGGAGGAAUGUGCAGGAAAGACUCUUAGGCUCCUAUCUGACACUUGUUUCAUCUAAGGCUUUACUGGCUUAUCCAAGUCUUCCAGAGAAAACCAAUGAAAGUCUGGGCAUUCCCUUAGAUCUGACUUAUGAAGACCGGUCCUCUUUCAAUGAGGAUUGAAUGAUCGGUCAAUCUACCUGUGGACUGUAGAUGGCCAAAAUUCUGAGAAAAUCAUAUCAGUCUGAUGGUCGCUGCAGCCAAUGCACCUCCGGCGUCUAAUGAGUCUCAGGUGGAAUCUCUCAACCUUCCUCACCCAGGGUCUCAUUGGCACCAUCAAAUGCUGGUGGGAUCAGUUUGAUUAAAGAGGCAAAGAAGAUUUAUGGAACUCAGUUCAAGUUCGAGAGGAUGGAUAUGCAGAGCUGGAUUCUUUCGAGCGGAAGAUCCCUAAACUUGUCAAGAGCCUACUGGCAACUAUCAUGAUUCAUUUGUAUGGGCCCAUGGAGGAUCUCGAGCGCAGACACAAAGAGCACUCGUAUCUCUAUUUAUUUCUUCCUUGACCCAUUAUAAUUGCUACAAAUACCUUUUCCUAGAAUGGAUGAUGGCCAGAAGGCUGUCUAUUAGAUGUAUUGGCACUUUGUACGGGACUAAGGCCAGUAGUAAUGGUGGACUAUGGUGGCAAGGUUCCUGAAUUGCAAGAAAGACUAUGCUCAGUUUUAAACCUGGUCCACAAGGAGUCAUCCUUUUUCCUGCCCUUGAGAGUAAUGAUCAUAGAAGAGAUGGUUUAUCUUGUACAUAUUGAAGGAUUUUCUCAGCAUGUUCUUUCAAGCCUAAGCCUGCAAUGGCAGCUGCAAUUCGUGGACCUUGAUCAAGAUCCUCCAAAGAUCAUUUCAUAUCAAGGCCAGAACUCCGUUGCAUCUCAGCUUAUAGCAGUUCAAAAUUUAUUCUCAGUGGCGUUUUCAUCUGAAGGAACAAACAACCUUUUUAUGGGCGCAACGCCUUCCAGGGAUGUACUAGUUCCGUCUCAGCCUUCUCAAUGUAUUGACCUCAGCAGUUGUCUGGAAAACUCAAAAGUUGUGAUUCCAACCCUAAAUGGAUGGCUUUUAGGCUAUCCAGUCGUAUACUUGUUUAGCAAAGAGCAUACAUCUCAUGCUGUUUGCAAUCUAUCAACUAGGCCUCUUCAUAUUUUCAAGAUUCUAGUUUGCAGGAAAGGGGCAUCUGCAAGAGAAAAUUCGCAGGAGGAGGAACUAAUGAGUUUCACAGUUCCUUACGAAUUGAGCACUGGAGGUAGGAAUGAGGCCUGGGCACAGGAGUUUCUUACUCAUAUGCUGUUGAAGAUUGCAAAAUGUAAGAAUAUCUGGAGGCAUUUGAGAAUGGAGGUUAUUGAAUGCUCCCCACAAUCUAUUGCUUUAUAGCCUUUGAGCGUUCCUUUUCAAUAUCAUCUGCACAUAUGUUGCAUGAAUUUGUCCAAACAUGUAAAAAAAUUAUGAAAUGGGCCACUUUUUAUCCUUGAGAAACCCAAAAAAAUAUAGUAAAAUAGAUAAAUUGCAGUAAUUGUAAAAAUUUACACAUGUCAGCUGAUUUUGAUCCA